AGGCGGCUCUCCUCCUCCUCCUCCUCCUCCUCCUCGACCCCGGCUCCCCCUCCGGCGGGCGGGGAAAGCGACGGCUCCCCUCUCCGGAGACGGGGCGCACGGCUGGCGAGGCUGACAGCGCCCCUCCUCGAGCGACCCCUUCGGCUGGGGGCGGCCCCGGGUCCUGCCCACCCACCCCAAUUCCGCCCCCUUUCCCCCGCCGGGAAGGGCAUCGCCAACGGGGAGCAUGGAGAACGCGCACAGCCUGGCCGCCGACGAGGUGCUGCGGCGCUUCGAGGUGCGGGAGAGCUGUGGGCUGAGCGCGGAGCAGGUGCGGCGGCAGCGGGAGAAGUACGGGCUCAACGAACUCCCUGCUGAAGAAGGCAAGUCGCUCUUUGAGCUGGUGGUGGAACAAUUUGAAGACCUCCUAGUACGCAUCCUUCUCUUGGCUGCCUUCGUUUCGUUUGUCUUGGCAUGCUUUGAGGAAGGAGAAGAAACCACAACAGCUUUUGUGGAACCUGUUGUCAUCAUUAUGAUCCUCAUUGCCAAUGCGGUGGUUGGAGUGUGGCAGGAGAGGAAUGCUGAGAGUGCCAUAGAAGCCUUAAAGGAGUACGAACCGGAGAUGGGGAAAGUGAUCAGGGCGGACAGGAGUGGUGUCCAAAGGAUCAGAGCUCGAGACAUUGUCCCGGGUGAUAUUGUGGAAGUGGCAGUGGGUGACAAAGUGCCUGCCGAUAUCCGGAUCAUUGAGAUCAAGUCCACAACAUUACGAGUCGACCAGUCCAUUCUUACUGGUGAAUCUGUGUCGGUCAUCAAGCACACGGAUCCCAUUCCAGACCCCAGAGCCGUCAAUCAGGAUAAAAAGAACAUGCUGUUUUCUGGCACCAACAUUGCUGCUGGCAAAGCCGUUGGCGUUGUCAUCGCCACAGGAGUCUAUACAGAAAUUGGGAAGAUCAGGAACCAGAUGGUUGCGACCGAACCUGAGAAGACCCCUUUGCAGCAGAAGCUGGAUGAGUUCAGCCAACAGCUCUCCAAGGUCAUUUCUCUGGUCUGCAUAGCUGUUUGGGUAAUCAACAUCAGCCACUUUAGCGACCCCGUGCAUGGCGGCUCUUGGUUCCGCGGGGCUAUCUACUACUUCAAAAUUGCUGUGGCAUUGGCUGUGGCUGCUAUCCCUGAGGGACUUCCAGCUGUCAUUACCACUUGCCUGGCACUGGGCACCCGCCGGAUGGCCAAGAAGAAUGCGAUUGUGCGGAGUCUUCCUUCGGUGGAAACCCUGGGCUGCACUUCGGUCAUCUGCUCUGACAAGACCGGCACUCUAACAACCAAUCAGAUGUCGGUCUGUAGGAUGUUCGUUGUGGAGAAGAUAGACGGAGUUAAUUGCAGCCUUCAUGAGUUCACCAUCACGGGAUCCACGUAUGCACCCGAGGGGCAAGUGCUGAAGAAUGACCUACCUGUUCAGUGUGGGCAAUAUGACGGCUUGGUGGAGCUGGCCACAAUCUGUGCCCUUUGCAAUGAUUCCUCCCUGGAUUAUAAUGAGUCCAAGAAAGUCUACGAAAAAGUGGGAGAAGCAACAGAAACAGCCUUGACAUGCUUGGUGGAAAAGAUGAACGUUUUCGACACAGAUAUCGACAAACUUUCCCAGGUGGAGCGUGCGAAUGCCUGCAACUCAGUGAUCAAAAAACUGAUGAAGAAGGAGUGCACGCUUGAGUUCUCCCGUGAUCGCAAGUCCAUGUCAGUUUACUGCACACCGGUAUCCUCUAUCCACAAUUCCUCUGGCAGCAAGCUCUUUGUCAAGGGCGCCCCAGAAAGUGUCAUUGAGCGCUGUAACUACAUCCGUGUUGGCAAAAAUCGUGUCCCUCUGACUCUCUCCACCAAGGAGAAGAUACUCUCCAAAAUCCGAGAGUGGGGCACCGGUAUUGACACUCUGCGUUGCCUCGCACUGGCCACUAGGGAUCACCCCCAGCGGAAAGAGGAGAUGCGCCUGGAUGACUCCAGCCAGUUCAUUAACUAUGAGACAAGCCUGACCUUUGUUGGCUGUGUGGGGAUGUUGGACCCUCCCCGGAAGGAAGUUAUGUCAUCCAUUGAGAUGUGCAGGAAAGCAGGCAUCCGAGUUAUAAUGAUCACCGGUGACAACAAGGGGACGGCCGUAGCGAUCUGCCGGAGGAUUGGUAUCUUCUCGGAGACUGAAGAUGUGACAGGCAAAGCUUACACGGGCAGAGAAUUCGAUGACCUUAUGCCAGAGGCACAGCGUGAGGCCUGCCGCUCCACUCGGUGUUUCGCUCGGGUGGAGCCUGCCCAUAAGUCCAAAAUAGUUGAAUAUCUACAAUCCUUCAAUGAAAUCACAGCAAUGACUGGUGAUGGAGUUAAUGAUGCCCCGGCCUUGAAGAAAGCCGAAAUUGGUAUUGCUAUGGGCUCUGGCACAGCCGUGGCCAAAUCGGCAGCAGAAAUGGUCUUGUCCGAUGACAACUUUUCAACUAUCGUUGCCGCUGUGGAGGAGGGCAGGGCAAUCUACAACAAUAUGAAGCAGUUUAUCCGGUACCUCAUCUCUUCCAACGUCGGGGAGGUUGUAUGUAUCUUCCUGACAGCCAUCUUGGGGCUGCCUGAAGCACUGAUCCCGGUCCAGCUACUGUGGGUGAACCUGGUGACAGACGGUUUGCCAGCCACGGCUCUUGGCUUCAAUCCUCCGGACCUUGAUAUCAUGGACAAACUACCCCGAAAUCCCCGGGAGCCUCUCAUCAGCGGAUGGCUUUUCUUCCGCUACUUGGCCAUUGGAGUGUAUGUUGGCCUGGCGACAGUAGGGGCAGCUACCUGGUGGUUUUUGUAUGAUGCUGAAGGGCCCCAAGUUACCUUUUACCAGCUGAGGAACUUCAUGAGAUGCACUGAGGAUAACCCGAUCUUUGAAGGGGUGGACUGUGAAAUCUUUGAAUCUCGUUAUCCAACAACUAUGGCGCUCUCAGUGCUGGUGACCAUUGAGAUGUGCAAUGCUCUUAACAGCGUGUCUGAAAACCAGUCGCUUCUGAGGAUGCCUCCCUGGCUCAAUCUCUGGCUCCUUGGGGCUAUUGUCAUGUCUAUGGCGCUGCAUUUCCUGAUUCUCUCUGUGAAACCAUUGCCUUUGAUAUUUCAGGUAACGCCCCUCAGAUGGGCACAGUGGGUGGUGGUGAUGAAAAUCUCGUUGCCGGUUAUCUUGUUGGAUGAAGGCUUGAAGUACCUCUCCCGCAACCAUUUAGAGGGCAAAGAGAUCAAGAAAUGAAUGCUAUGAACUCAGUUUCUCAACAAAAGAGCCCAAAACUCUCAACUGGGACUGAAGAAUUUGCAUGCUAGAAUAUCACCAGAAGCCAGCAAGCAACAUGCAUGUGUUUUGAGUCUCGGACUUAAUGCGGGUGAAUCAUCAAAAGAAAUGAAAAACUGAUUUUUUUUUGUUUUGUUUUUCACUUUUGUUAUGUAGCUUUUUUCUGUACAUAAUGGUGCAAAUACUGGACAGAUAAAUUAUGGGUCAGGGGUAGAAUUUGCUCUGUUAUGAAGGCAGAGUAUUUGAGGUCCUUAUGGAUAAGCUUCUAUAGAUUCCUUUUUUUCAUUUUUCAUUUUUGUUCCUCCCUAAAUGCCCUAAAAACUGCAUUUUUUUUGUCCUGUCUAGAAGUGGAGAGAUUGCAAUGGUUUCCAGGUUAGAGGAUAGCUGAGCUCUUUUCAGAUGCAACUCCUGCUAGGUAGGGCAUCAGGUGCAAACCAGACACAGGAUGCGGAAGAGUCAAUGACAGCCUGUCGUACAGAACAACAGCACUAGAAUCUCUGUUUUUCUCACGUCACUUAGCAAGUGUGACCAGGAAGGGUUUUUUUAUAGAGGUUAGGCCUGCUCCGGACUAUUGUUAUUAAGGGGCCUUUUGUCUUGGCUCUUUCAGCCAGAUCUUAGUAGAAGAGCACAGCAUAAAACCAUGGCUUGAUUUCUCUUGGGGUCCUGAGUUCAAGACCUGCAAGCAACUUGAGCUGUGAUGGCUCUGCGUUUUAGGGAGAUUGAUGCCCUGCUGAGGAAAUUGUUCUAAGGAAGAAAGAAAUUAAUAAGUCAUGGUUCUGGUUUAUUAUAUGAACCGCUCUCGAACGCUUGCUUUCAUUUCUUCCCACCCCUCAUUUUGUGUUCAAAGCUUUAGCAAAUGAAUAAGAUGAAUUAUUAACGUUAUUAUUGAUUUAAUAUGAAAUAGUAGGAUAUGUGCAAUGGAAAACUGUUACCCAGAAAUCGGGUGAAGGGCUAUUCCAGGUUCCUCUGACCUGGGCAUUUAGAAAGAGGAGUCUUCUGGGUCUUAGAGCCCAGCGCACAUAAAGUGGCAGAAAGGAACUUCUCUGGGCAAGAUGAGGUUCAAAGCAUUUCUCGCUCAGGCAAGAGUAAUGUCCCCAGAAAGCUGAGAGGAAGAAGAACAAAGCCCAGAUGGUAACCAUGUAUGCCUAUAAAUGAGCCCCUUCCCAACUGUAUCAUCCCUACAAAAAAAUCUAUAAAAGAAAAUCUUUCCCAGGGCAAAGGACCCCAUUGUGUCAACAGCAGCCAAUGGACCAAUCAGUUUCCCCUGCCCUCUCCCCCUGUUUGCAUGUGUGAACAUUUCUAAAUACUGCGGAGGAGUUAGCCGUGUUAGUCUGUGGUAGCAAAAUCAAAAAGAGUCCAGUAGCACCUUUAAGACUAACCAAUUUUAUUGUAGCAUAAGCUUUCGAGAAUCAAGUUCUCUUCGUCAGAUGCAUGAUACAGAGACUGGUCAAAUAUAGAAGAGGAGGGAGGAGAAGGGGAGGAGAGAGAAGAGGCAAUUAGGGGGGGAAAGGGGAGGGUGCAAUCAAAACAUUCCUUUGCUAGUAUAUGUAAACAUCUCCUUUUCGUGUGUGGGCUGUUUUAUAAGACACAGGAGCAGGGCUUUUUUUCAGCCGGAACGCAGUGGAACAGAGUUCCGGAACCUCUUGAAAAUGGU